AUGAAACAGAGUGGAGUUUAUAAGGGUGAGGUUUUUGUGGGAUUGUUGUUUGCUUUGUUAGUGGGAAUUAAUUGUAUCGAGGGGAGAAAAUUGGUGGCGGCUGAGAAAGAUGGUGGUGACAAUGUGGUUGAAGUAAAGAAACCAGAAUGGUUUCUUGAUGGUCAACCAGGAUUGAACUUUGGUGGAGGUGGUGGUUGGGGUGGAGGCGGUGGUGGUGGAGGUUCUUUUAGUUUUGGCAGUGGGGAUGGGGUUGGUUUUACGAUCGGAGGUGAUGUUAAGAAGGUCGAUAAACCUGAUUGUGUUGGAAAAGAAAAAGGUCAUGAUGGUAAAGGCAAGAAGCAUCAUAAGAAAGAGAAGGGAAACCAUGGUCACGACGGCGGUGGUAUUGGCAAAGGUGGUGGUGGUGGAAUUGGGAAAGGAAAAGGCGAUGGGAUUGGAAAAGGAAGCGGAGGUGGAAGUGGAGGAAUAGGGAAGGGAAGUGGUGGUGGGAUUGGAAAAGGAAUUGGCGGUGGUGGAGGAAUAGGCAAAGGAGGUGGUGGAGGAGUGGGAGGUGGAACUGGUGGAGGUUCUGGUGGCGGAGGAGGAAUAGGAAAAGGAGGUGGUGAUCAAGGGGGAGUAGGAGGUGGUGGUGGUGUAGGAGGUGGUGGAGGUGCAGGAGGUGGCAUUGGAGGUGGUGGAGGAGCAGGAGGGGGUGGUGGAGUUGGUGGGGGAGUAGGAGCGGGUGGUGGAGUAGGAGGAGGAGGAGGUGGUGGAGCCGGUGGAGGAAUAGGAGGUGGAGGAGGAGCAGGAAGUAGUGGUGGGAUUGGUGGAGGUAGUGGAGGAGGUAUGGGAGGUGGUGGUGGGACGGGUGGAGGAGUUGGAGGUGGUUUUGGCGGAGGCAUGGGAGGUGGUGCCGGAGGGACCGGUGGUGGGAUGGGAGGAGGAGGUGGUGGUGGCGGUGGAAUUGGUGGGGGUGGUUCCGGAGGAGGAUUUGGAGGAGGUAUUGGGAAAGGAUCUGGUGGAGGAUUUGGUGGUGGGGCAGGUGGAGGAUUUGGUGGAAGUAGUGGUGGAGGCUUUGGUGGUGGUGCUGGCGGCGGAUUUGGAGGAGGAACAGGCAGUGGUGGGGGAGUUGGCGGUGGUGGAGGCUUCGGUGGAGGUGGAGGUGGAGGUGUGGGAAAAACAAUUGGAGGAGGAUUCGGUAGUGGCAGUGGUGCUGGUGGUGGAGAUAAUGGUGAAAUUGGUGGCUAA